AUGACGGCCUUUGCUUCCUUCUUCUUGCUCCUUAUCCUUAGCCUGGCCACGACCUGCGCCACCAUGCCCGGUGCCUCUAACUCCACCGGCUUCAACAACCAUACCCUGUCUCUUGCGCAACUCUCAGCGCAACAAGCUCUCUGCAGUUGUGACGAUACUCCAUGCCCGGAGAAGAACACCGUUUGCAUGAACGGAGCCUGCACCUGCAUCCACCACGAAGGCUGCCGCGCCGAUUCCGACUGCGACCAAUACCACGUCCACUGCCCCAAGGAUCAAUCCAUGAUGUGCCAACAAAUGGACCCCUUCUGGCGCAACAACGUCUGCAUCUGCGUCACGAAGCCAGAGGGGGGGUGCUGUGCGCCCACCAUCGCAAAAGACAAGCGAGUGGACUGCAAGCAAGUGUUGACGCACUGCCCCUAUGUCCCCUAUGCCACGACGCCUUACUGCUCGCUGGAUGAUGAUGUGAAGUUUCCGCAUGGCGAGUGUAUCUGCCAGACGACGCUGUGCGAUUGCUCAAAGGUUUGGUGUCCUGAUGAUGGGUAUUUGCAGUGUAAGGAGCCGGGGAAGUGUAAGUGUUGGACUUGA